AUGGCUGGCGGUGGUCCCCUCGAUGCUGCUGCCGGUGGUCCCGUCCCUGCUGCUGCCGGGUCUUCCCCUGCUGCCGGAUCUCCCCCUGCCGUCGCUGCUGCCGGGUCUUCACCUUCAGCUAUUCCUGAUGGUGGUUCCCCUCCUGCUGAUGUGGCUCCCGAUGCUGUCCCGCCGGGACACCUGCUGCUAUUGAAGGGUAAGCUGAAGGAUGCUAUGGAUCGUUUUAACAAUCCCAACAGGAAGAUCUACCGCUUCUGCCGCGUUUACGCCUUGAGCCGAGAUCCGUGUAUCUUCAUGAGGGAGAAGCGCACCCUUAAGGGCGAGCUCACUUUCGCCGAGAUCGAUGACUUCGCGAAGGUGUGCGCGGAUUACGUGAAGAACCAGUCCGACGUCAUGAUGGGAAUCUAUUGGCAUCUGUGGGAGGGAUCACCCUUUUCUAGCCCAGCGUUUGUCAAGUGUGUGUCCCUUUGGGACCCGGAAUUCGACGACGCCCUUCCCAUUGCCUUGUUUCCUGAUCAGCUGUUGGUUAUCCUUGCAGCGGUGCGCUUCAAGCUUCGUUAUCCGCACGACAAGGCCCAGUUCAAGCGAUCAGGGGACCCAUCAGCCUUCUCCAGGCAGGCACUGGUGGUGCAGAGGUGGAUCAACGAGGGGCCCGUUGACCGAGAUGGCGACUGUGUCGGCAUUGGCAGCAUCUGCAUCGUUGGAUGGAAGGAGAUCCCUGAAGCUGAGAUGGAAGCAGAUGAGCUUGGGGAUUUGACUUGA